UAUUCCAAUAAACGAAGUUACCAUUGCGUGUUGUUUUUCAUCGAAAGUAUCAUUAGACAUUCGUUCCUCGAACAAUUAACCUCACUUUGACAAAAUGUUACCGGAUGUGUUGAAAAUGUUGGCUUCAGUCGAAGGAAAUGCUCUGCCAGCCCAGAGUAUUCUGCAGAAACUCCGCGCCACGCAGACGGGCAAAUCGUGUUCCCCGGAGGAACUGCAAUCCAAGCUGAGCAACUGUCUGACGGAGGCCAACGGCAUGGGACUGAUCAGCCGAUCCGCUAGCGGAGUCGUCAAAAUGCUGAUCAGUUUGGAACCGAAAGAAACACGCCAUUUCGAGUCGCAGCUACGCAUGUUGAAAAGCGAGCUCAGGGAGGUUGCAACCCAUGGCAAUGUACCCAGUGACCGUCCCGUCGCUCGAAGAGGACGCCCAGCUAGCGACACCCGUAGAGGACGUACCAUAGCCGUCGACCCCCGAAAAGGUCGAGCAGACAGCAGAAGGCGUAACCGAUCGCGUUCCCGAUCGGCCAAACGUCCUCGCAUGUAAAUUGUUCACUUUUUUGUUCGAAAACUUUUUUAUUCAAAAUUCUGAAAUUGUAUUUUCUUUGAGUUUAGGCUUUACUCAAUAAAUUUAUUUAUGAUUUGUUUACUAAAAACUA